CCUCUUGCUUACAAUUCCAACCUUCUUGACUAGCGCUUGACAUUCCUCCCGCUCGACCUCGCAACAACUUCCGAAUCGGCUCCUGCUACCCUCCAUUCUAGCUCGUGACAGUGCCCUCCGCUUGCGGCUCAUCAGAGAACCCGAAGCUCUAGUAGCGAUCCACCAAGAUGCAGUCCCUUCCAGAUACGCGACAGCAGACAUUCGAGGAGAUAUACGGCCCUCCGGAGAAUUUCCUCGAGAUCGAAGUCCGCAGCCCCCAAACCCACGGCACCGGCCGCAGUAUGUACACCGACUACGAGAUCCUCUGCCGGACGAACAUCCCGGCAUUCAAGCUCAAAGCCUCCACCGUGCGACGCCGCUACAGCGACUUCGAAUGGUUCCGCGAUAUCCUCGAGCGAGAGUCGGCGCGGGUGACCAUCCCGCCGCUGCCGGGCAAGGUGUUCACGAACCGGUUCAGCGACGACGUGAUCGAGCACCGGAGGGAAGGGCUCCAGCGGUUUUUGCAGAUUGUGGUGGGGCAUCCGCUGUUGCAGACGGGGAGCAAGGUGAUGGCGGCGUUUGUGCAGGAUCCAAAUUGGGACCGCAACUCGUGGAAUUAACGAGAGUUGGAAUAUGACGGACCAAGCGAGCGACACCAUGAUAUCCGAGAAUGUUAUCUCCAGCGUCGAGCAGGACUUUGAUUGCACGACCCCACCCCAUCACAUAUUGCUUUUAGCGUCGGAGUAUUUGGUAUUGAAGCUGGAAUGAUGAAUGGCAU